UGUUCUCCAGGAGGGUCAGUGCUAUUAAUAUCAGGCAAGUGCACAGCCCCAGCCGCGUGAUCCUCUUAUGCCUGUGACUUCGUCUCUGGGGCCGGUGGUGAGUGCUGUUCCUUCGGCACAGGGGCCUGAGGGCUCCCAGCUGUUAGCUCCCUGCCUCCCAGUGGGUAGCCUCUGCAGCCAGGGGUCUGGCCUCACGCUGGCUGCCCACCCACCCAUGGAGGGGUAGCUCACAUGGUUCCUGGGUUGUCCUAGGGGGCUGCUGUGGGCCUGAGGCAGUGUGGGGUACCCCUGCAGACACCUCGGAUCAUCUUGUGUCCAGCCAUGGGCAGCCCCUCAGCUUACCCUGGCAUCAGGAUCUCAGGGUGCUGGGCCCUUGGAGCAGAAGGCAGCAGCAGCGCUGAGGCCUUGGACAGGCUCCUCCCGCCCGUGGGCACUGGGCACUCGCCGCGGAAGCGCACCACCAGCCAGUGCAAAUCCGAGCCGCCCCUGUUGCGCACCAGCAAACGCACCAUUUACACGGCGGGGCGGCCGCCCUGGUACAAUGAGCACGGCACACAGUCUAAGGAGGCCUUCGCCAUCGGCCUGGGUGGUGGCAGUGCUUCUGGGAAGACCACUGUGGCCAGGAUGAUCAUCGAGGCCCUGGACGUGCCCUGGGUGGUCCUGCUGUCCAUGGACUCCUUCUAUAAGGUGCUCACCCAGCAGCAGCAGGAGCAGGCUGCCCUCCACAACUACAACUUCGACCACCCGGAUGCCUUCGACUUCGACCUCAUCGUGUCUACCCUCCAAAAGCUGAAGCAGGGCAAGAGCGUCAAGGUCCCGGUCUACGACUUCACCACCCACAGCCGCAAGAAGGAUUGGAAGACGCUCUAUGGUGCCAACGUCAUUAUCUUCGAGGGCAUCAUGGCCUUUGCUGACAAGACGCUGUUGGAGCUCCUGGACAUGAAGAUCUUUGUGGAUACGGACUCUGACAUCCGCCUUGUGCGGCGGCUUCGCCGGGACAUCAGUGAGCGUGGCCGCGACAUCGCAGGUGUCAUCAAGCAAUACAACAAGUUCGUCAAGCCAGCCUUCGACCAGUACAUCCAGCCCACCAUGCGCCUGGCAGACAUUGUGGUGCCCCGAGGGAGCGGGAACACAGUGGCCAUUGACUUGAUCGUCCAGCACGUGCACAGCCAGCUGGAGGAGGUGAGUGUGCUGCUGCCAUUGACGCACUGUUCCCUUGUCUCCUGUCGCUGCCGCAGCGCGAGCUCAGUGUCAGAGGAAGCUGCGCUGGGAUAUGGCCGCGCUGGCCUCGGCGCACCAGUGCCACCCGCUGCCGCGGACGCUGAGUGUCCUCAAGAGCACGCCUCAGGUGCGGGGCAUGCACACCAUCAUCAGGGACAAGGAGACCAGCCGGGACGAGUUCAUCUUCUACUCCAAGAGGCUGAUGCGGCUGCUCAUCGAGCACGCGCUGUCCUUCCUGCCCUUCCAGGUGCGCAGGGCUGGGUGGGGGGCGGGGCGCGCGGCCCCUCGUGCUCAUCAGCGCCCCCAACCUCUGUGCUGCAGGACUGCGUCGUGCAGACCCCGCAGGGGCAGGACUAUGCCGGCAAGUGCUACGCAGGGAAGCAGAUCACUGGUGUGUCCAUCCUGCGGGCGGGGGAGACCAUGGAGCCGGCGCUGCGGGCGGUGUGCAAGGACGUGCGCAUCGGCACGAUCCUCAUCCAGACCAACCAGCUCACCGGGGAGCCGGAGCUCCACUACCUGCGGCUGCCCAAGGACAUAAGUGAUGACCACGUGAUCCUCAUGGACUGCACCGUGUCCACGGGUGCCGCGGCCAUGAUGGCUGUGCGCGUGCUCCUGGACCACGACGUGCCCGAGGACAAGAUCUUCCUGCUGUCGCUGCUCAUGGCGGAGAUGGGUGUUCACUCGGUGGCUUACGCGUUCCCACGCGUGAGAAUCAUCACCACGGCCGUGGACAAGCGUGUCAAUGACCUGUUCCGCAUCAUCCCCGGCAUCGGGAACUUCGGUGACCGCUACUUUGGGACUGAUGCCAUCCCCGAAGGCAGCGAUGAGGAGGAGGCGGCCUCCAUGGGUUAGCUAGCCGCGUCUCUUCCAUCUGCAUCCCCACCCAACCUCCUGCCUCCUGGCCCUGCUUGCAGAGUACAGACAUGAACUUAUUCCAGUUUAAAAUGCUACCAGGAUAACUUACUCUCUACCUUUUUUUUUUUUUUUUAAU